AUGAAGUCAUCUGGAGUCAGAACGCAGUGCCCUGAAGAGGAGAGAGUGGGAGAGGAGGAACAGGAGGUCCAGCAGGAUGAAGACCUGUUCUCAACUGGUUUUAACCUGUUUGGAGAACCAUAUAAAACUAAUAAAGGUGAUGCGUUGGCCAGUCGUGUCCAGAACACGCUGGGCUCCUAUGAGGAAAUGAAAGACCUGCUAACCAGCCACUCCAACCAGAGCCACUUGGUGGGAAUUCCCAAAAGCAACACGGCGAACAACAACCUGCCGCAAACGCCGAGCUCUGCAGCCACAGACAGAGUCGCCAUGGAAUCCCAGCUGUUCAGCGAGGCCCUGCUAGGAGGACUCGGAGGAGGAGGAGGAGAGGGAAGUGGGGAAAAGAGGAUGGGAGGUGCGUCUUCUUCAUCAUCGGCUUCCAUGCAACCGCCAACUGGGACCACAUCGACAUCCAGUGCAGCAACCAUCCCACAUCAGAAUUCAAAAAAGUCCCGAAGCUCCAUGGACUGGUCGAGGGGAGGCCACGGGCAGAGUAGCCAAGCAACAGGCCUCGUUCUGGGGUUGGGGCAGAACGGGCAGGGGCAGGUCACAGCAGGAGCUCCAGGAAGCAGGGGCAAAAUGUCUUUAUUAGACGAACAGCAGAUGCAAAGGCACGAGGAGCUCUUUAGCUCAUUUAAAGAUGAACUGGAUCUAAAAGAGUAUUCAAGCCCCUCUUCUUCCUCCUCAUCCUCCACUUCUUCCUCCUCUUCCAGACGGCACUUGUCCCAUUCAUCAAAAACUCAUCCCCUUCCAGAUGGUGGCAGUUUUCGAUCCUCUGCCAUGGACGGUUGUCACUUUAAGUCUUCCUCCAACACAGAAAAUGGAGUUUUUAAAUCCUCCCCAUUUGAAAAUGAAAUUGGUUCUCACCUCUCUACAUCCUCCUCCCCGCUGGCUUCCACAUCGGUUCUGGCUACUCCAACUCCUGGUCUAACCACACCUACAUCUGGACUGACCACGCCCACCUUUCCACCUGGCAGCCUAUCAGGGAAGCCGAUUGCUGUGCAACAGAAGCCCACGGCAUACGUCCGACCAAUGGACGGCCAGGACCAGGCACCUAGUGACUCUCCCCAGCUUAAGCCCCCUCUAGUGGCCGCAGAGGGGUUUAACAACAGCCAGCCCUUUGGAGGAACAUCUGGAAAUGUGAAGAAUAAGCUGCCAAAACUGAGUCUAACCCACACCAGCGAGGUCAGCCUCCCAAAUGACUCCAGCUGUGUUGAGGAGAUUUUGCGGGAGAUGACCCAUUCCUGGCCUCCUCCACUCACAGCCAUACACACUCCUGGGAAAGCUGAUCAGACUAAGUUCCCCAUCCCGAACAAGGAGCCCCAGCAUGUGACCUCAGGCUACAACACCCAGAAGCGAUGCACCGUCUCAGCUAACAAGCCUGCUGCUAAACCACCAACAGCACCACAGAAAUCAAUGCUGGAGGAUGACUUGAAGAUCAGCAGCGAUGAGGAAGAAGCUGAACAACAGGUGUCCGACAAGAGUAAAGCCAGAGCCACAGCCUUGAGCGGUGCAUCGGGGAGCAGCAGUGAGUCUGAGAGCAGCUCAGAGUCCGACACCGACGAGUCCGAGAGCAGCUCCAGCGACAGCGAGUAUAAUCAGGCCUCCCGCACACACACUCCAGAGCCCGAGCCCCCGUCCAGUAACAAGUGGCAGUUGGACAGCUGGUUGAAUAAAGUUCAAGCUCAGACCAAACCUCUGGUCCCCCCACAGCAGGAGGAUCAUGGCGCAGGCUCCAUCAGUCAGGACCCUCAGACUUUCUCUCCGGGGAGUGAAGCACCAGGAGUGGGUACAGUGGCCAAGACCAAGCCCUGUGGAUCCAACAACACUGCUGUUCCGGCUGCACCCGCAGUGGAGCACAAGGAUACCCGGACAACCUUCUGCACAGGCAGAGAGAGGGCCAAAGCCAAGCUCAACCAGAAGGCCUCUGGGGAGGGCCAGAGGUCGAAGAUGAGGCUGUCGCCGGGCCUGUUGUCAGGGCAGGAAGUCACAACCCCACGGAGGAACACCACUGGGAAGAAACAGCCCCGACGGACGGAGAGGUCAAACAGCGUGGAGGAUAAUCCCAGCCAGACGUGGAGCAGAGCAAACCAGCAAAGUCCUGCAGCUAGAGAGAAGGACCUGUUGCCUCCCCCUUCCCUGGAGCAUCAGAACCCCCCGAGGCCACGAAGCAAACCUCCCAGUGGGAAGACUGCCCCCAGGAAAGAACCUCGCAGCGCUGCCAACUCAAACAGCAACGCAGCCACUCCACCCGCAGCACUGCAGCAAGCCCCCGUGCCAGUUCCUGCUGUCACGUUAAACCAGGAUAAGAGGAAACACAGAGGUCCCAGCACCAGAAUCACACCAAAGUCCAGAGAAUUCAUUGAAACAGAUUCCUCCUCCUCCUCGUCAGAUUGCCAGUCGGAUACCGAGGAAGCUGUCAAAAUCCCGGCACUGCCACCCCAGUCGACACGCUCUGUCAUUAACACACAGACUCUGUCCAACACGCACAUCCACGCGCCUCUCCUCCCAAGCCUUGGCUCUGCUGGUGCUGCGGGGAGCCUGGCAACAUUUGGAGCAACAGGACUUCGAGUCAAAGACAGUAGCAGCGUGGCGGCCACCGGCAGCAGCAGCAGUAACAGUAGCAGCAGCGGUAUCUGUAACUCCCUAAGCAUUAGCAACAUAAGUGGUCCAUUUGGUACUUCUGUCCCAGAUCCUGGAGGGUUGGGAGGGCAAAGCAAGGACCUGGAGUCCAUGUCGCCCCCUUCCAAUGUGGGACACGAGGUGCCUCUUUCCCCGCUGAGGGAAUACCACGAGAUCCAGAGUUUGUGGGUGAAAAUUGACUUGAGUUUGCUCACCAGGGUGCCAGGGCAAGGUGUGGGGGACAAAUCCAGGGUCGCAAAUGCAGAAAGGGAUGGGAGUGAAGGGAGAGACAGAGGUGUUGCAGAGAGAGAAAGACAGAAGCUGGUGAAAGGGGAGAAACAGGAGGAAGAAAAUGAGCGAUUAGUGCAGGACAGGGAGAGGCAAGGUGACCGAGACAGAUUAGCAGACAGAGACAGGCAGAUGGACAGAGAGGACAGGGAGAGAUUUGGAUUUGUGGAAAGGGAGAGGACAGUAGCAAGAGACAGGGAGAAACUCUGCCAAGGUCUGGGGGUCCUGGACACCCCCCCUGUGCAGGAGCAGAGUAAUCCCAGGCUGGCUGGGAGGACGGAGAGAGGAGAGAGCGGAGGUAAACACAGGAGGCUAACAGCUGCAAACAUGGUGGUUCCUACAGAAAAACACACCAGCAAGAGCAAGAGGAAACACAAGGCGGAACACGGAGAAUCAUCAGUCAAGUGUAAUAAGAAGCUGCGUCUGGACAAAGACUGUCUGCUCCUCCCACCCUGCAUCUCCCCCAUUCACAACCACAAGAACAGCUCUUCAGAUAGCUCUCUAAACAGGAAGCAGUCUCGCCGCCGUGACGACAAGCUGCUCCCACCCCUACUGUCCCCCCUCUCCGAUGAACCUCCUCAAAAACGAACCUGUGAUGGCGUUUCCUCUCUCAACCAGGAGGGCGGCGCCAGCGGGUUGCUGCCCAGCUCCACGUCUUCUACUUCCACCUCCUCUUCCUCUCACAGACACAGGAGAGGUGAAGGAAAGGUUUCAUCACAUGUGAGAAAUGGCAGCGAAAUGGAUUCCCUUGGGGAUAAACUCUGUGGAGACAGUUACCAUGCCAACGGCCAUUCAGACUCGGAGGCGUGGUCCGAGCCGCUGAUGGACCCCGCUGAACCGCGCAGGCCUAGACUGUCGUUUACUGACAUGGUCCACAGUGCAGACUACUACAUGCAGGAAGCUAAGAGACUGAAGCACAAGGCUGAUGCUUUGAUGGACAAAUUUGGCAAAGCGGUGAACUACGCAGACGGGGCGCUCUCGUUUAUAGAGUGUGGAAACGCGAUGGAGCGAGAUCCGCUCGAGGCCAAAUCGCCAUAUACGAUGUACUCAGAGACUGUGGAGCUGAUCAGGUACGCCAUGAGGUUGAAGAACUUCACCAGCCAUUCAGCAACCGUCUUUGAGAAGAGACUAGCUGUGCUGUGUAACCGCUGUCUGUCUCUGCUGUAUCUGAGGAUGUUCCAUCUGAAGAAAGACCAUGCUGUCAAGUACUCACGGUCGCUCAUGGACUACUUCAAGAAUUCAGCCAAGACUUCACAGCAAGCUCCAUCUCCCUGGAGGACCAAUGGAAAGGUCAAUGGGACUCCAUCACCUCUCUCGCUCAGCCCCUCUCCAGCCAGUAGCGGGGGUGCAGGAGGAGGUGCAGCAGGGUCAUCGGGCAGUGUGGCCAUUCCCCAGCGGAUCCACCACAUGGCUGCCAGUCAUGUUAACAUCACCAACAACAUUCUGCGGAGCUAUGAGCACUGGGAGACUGCUGACAGACUGGCCACUGACAGCCAAGACUUCUUCCAGGAGCUGGACUCAGUCAUGGAGCCCUUGAGUCAGCAGAGCAGCAUGACCGAGCUGGUCCGCUACAUCAGACAAGGACUGCACUGGCUCCGCAUAGAGGCUCACCUGUCCUGAAGAGUGAAGCAGAGUGGAGAUAAAACCAGCGGAAAGAAAGAAAGAAAAAGAAAUGGGCCAGUAACUAGAACUGGGAUAACAAGGGAGAUUAGAUACAGGAUGAUGCUUCACUUCCCGCUGGGACCCUUCAUUAAACAGGCACGGUAAUGGCAUUGACUUGGUUUUUAAUUUGGCUGAAAUUCACUUGGAGUUCACAUGAAUUCCUCUGAAUUACAGAACUUAAAUUAAUAUGUCAGACAUUUGGAGCUUUAACUCAUAAACAGAGUUUAAACCUCCUGAAUGGAAAAAAGUACUAAAGAGGAAAGUAGAAAGUGGUUUGACUGAGAUGGGUUCAUGUAUUGAAAGAUUAGUGAGAGCCUGAUGUGAUUAAGGAAGCUGAAUAUGGGCAAAGAGCUCAACAAAAGCUCAUCUCCUCCAGCAGAGGUCCAGAAAGUGUCAGUGAUUGGGACAAGAGUUAAAGCCUCGGGCUCAUAUUGAUCCAGCUGGAAAAGGAGCAGUCCAAUCCAUCAGAUAAGGGCUGCACUGGUAAGGACACGGGCUAGGCUGAGACUACUAAAGCUGACUUAAUGAAGGCCAAAGUCAGUCCUCUGCUUCUGUUUCAGUUCACCGUCGGUUCCCAGAGGUGGAUUCUCCAAAACAAAUUGGCAACUAGAAGCUAAAACCCACCUGCGCUGAAUGCAGUGUGAACCUAAUACUCACAGAGAUUCACUCUGACAUGACCACAUUCAUUCAGUCAGAUUAUACUUUUUCAAACGGUGGAUUGGUGCUUUAUUUUGACUAUUUUUUUAGUUUUGAGGUGAAAGAAAAGUCCGGUCCAAGUGAAAGCUUACUACAAUAUAAAUACUGACUACUUAUAAGGACACUGAUUAAAUAUCGGGGAUCAGUACUGUGUCAGGUCUGUAUGUGCAAACAAUGAGGAGUAAUGACACUAUUAAAAGGGUAGUGAACCCAAAGAUGUGUUUUUAGCUGUAAACGACACAGUAUGACUUA